AUGACAUUCCUUCCAACCUCUGCUGACUUUUUCUUGUCAAAGAAUCUUUCUAUUUCUUCUGGAGGAGUCAAGAAAAAUCUGGAAGUUUCCAAUGGUCGUCCAGUCACCUAUUUGGCUGGAAAAUCCAUUUUCAAAUUUUUGGACUUGAAAACCCGUCAACGCCUUCACUCGCGCUGCACCGAACUCCGAGUUGUCGACCGUCACUCUCCACUGACUCUGCACACGUGCUCCAUCGGAUCCAACUCAAUUGAAUUCGACUUUUUCGGGUCAUCCUGGACAUUUGAAAACGGCGAAGACGUCACAAUUCGAUGCCUUGGAGGACUAGUGAAUCCCCAAAAGAAGCUAAAAAUGUCUCAAAACGAUGCGAUGAAGGAGAUCCUCAAAUUCUACCUAAACCGACGUGGAACGACGAUCAAGAAGUUGUUCAUUCAAGAUAAGAAGGUGUUGAACAUUCUAGAAACCGUUGGGGUCUUCAAGAAUUUCGAAAUUCAAAGUGGACUGGAUGUAAUGAGAUUCAAGGAUCACGAGAUGGAAAUCAAGGAGCUGCCUGAUGCCAUUUUGAGAAACAUUCAGUGGAGACUCGAGGAUCGAAGACGUCAAUAUUAA